GAUAUUUACUAUUUAUUUGUUUACACAAUUAUUUUCGCGCUUGAGAGCUUUUAUUUUGACGGGGUGCUUGUGUCUGAACCGGAGCCGCCAUUGAUUUUGUUGUUUUUAUGACCGACAGAAGAAAUUGAUUUCAAUCACUUGCACAAAACACCGAAAACAAGAUGAUCAAAGCAAUUCUGAUUUUUAACAACCAUGGCAAACCGAGACUCAUCAGAUUCUAUCAGUAUUUUGCAGAAGACAUGCAGCAGCAGAUUAUCAGAGAGACGUUUCACUUGGUGUCUAAGAGAGAUGAUAACGUCUGUAAUUUCCUUGAAGGCGGCAGUCUGAUUGGUGGAUCGGACUACAAGCUGAUCUACAGACAUUACGCCACGCUCUACUUUGUGUUUUGUGUCGAUUCAUCUGAGAGUGAGCUCGGCAUUCUGGACCUGAUUCAGGUGUUUGUGGAGACUCUGGAUAAAUGCUUUGAGAACGUGUGUGAGCUCGACUUGAUCUUCCACAUGGACAAAGUGCACUAUAUCCUACAGGAGGUGGUGAUGGGGGGAAUGGUGCUUGAGACCAACAUGAAUGAAAUUGUUGCUCAGGUUGAGCUGCAGAACCGUAUGGAGAAAUCGGAGGGUGGGCUGUCCGCCGCUCCUGCUCGAGCCGUUUCAGCUGUGAAAAACAUGAACCUUCCGGAAAUCCCUCGUAACAUCAACAUCGGAGACAUCAACAUCAAAGUGCCAAGUCUGUCUCCGUUCUGAUGCUGGAGUCACUUAACACUCUUCUCUUUUUGCUGAGACUGCAUUUAAUUUAGGGGCCAAAAACACUGAAUCCGCCAGCGUUUUAGUUUGCAGCGAGAGUGUGUGUGUGUGUGUGUGUGUGUGUGUGUGUGUGUGUGUGUGUGUGUGUGUGUGUGUGUGUGUGUGUGUGUGUGUGUGUGUGUGUGUGUGUGUCAUGUGGAUCGUCAGGUUACGAAGUUUAUUUAAUUUUGUGAUUAUUUGUGUAGCAUCAUCCAAAAUAUUGAGAAACUGUAAUAAAAAGAUGAACACAAGUCUGUUUCUCUCUCGUCAUCAUCAACAACACACUUUAUUUAUACUGAGAGGGUUUUGUUGAUUAUCUUACACUUCUUUUGUCCUGAUAUGUUUUCGGUUGUUUUGAUGUCAUGUGCUUUUUUGUGCAUUAAAUUCAGAACUCUGUUCA